AUGGCGCCCGUCUCAAUGCCUUCGGCCCUCACCUUUGAGCUGCUGGGAAAGUGCUCGGUCACCAAAGCACGCGCGGCAACGCUGCAUCUGCCUCAUGGCCCUGUACCCCUCCCCAUCUUCAUGCCCGUUGCGACGCAGGCCUCGCUCAAAGGCCUCACGCCCGACCAACUCGAAGACCAGGGCUGCCGACUAUGUCUAAACAACACAUAUCACCUGUACGGCCGACGUUCUGCCUCCAUGCCAGCCACUGCUGACAUGUGGGAGAGGCCUUAA